AUGGCGUACCGACAGCAAGGUCUCUCGCGCACCCUGCCGAAAAACUUCACUUUCCCUUCGGCAGGGAUUGGGGAACCUAGAACCCCCGAACGCGCCUCGACCUACCUGGAUGUUCCGCCUCCCCCCCCUCGCCAUUCAAGCUGUCGCUUGCGCAGGUCCCGCGUGCGCUCGGGAACUGACGUCUUUGCGCAGGCCGAAUAUGAUUUCAAAACCUCCUUUUCUAGCCGACCCGAUAUUCCGUUACCCUCCAUUGAAUUUCCGCCCGGCGAAGCUUCAAUGGCUCAGCCACCUUUGGUGAUGCCCGCCAGUAACGACCGCUUUUUAGCUCCCCCGCGGGAUCGUGUGGCCUUGAAAACCCCACCCGCCCAGAUCCGCGCAGAUCCCAUCGAGCCCAAAUCCGCGGAGCCUUGGACCACCGACGAUCCUCAGUUGUUGGGAGGAGAGAUAGAACGCCCCGGCUCCGCCUGUUCGCAUGCUUCGGACUCUUCGGUCUCGUCAAUCGAAACGUUCUCUUCCCGGCGUUCGGUGGGUGGAAGCUGCACCAGCAUGGAAAGUGACUCAUACGAUCCAUUUUUCCACUUUGAACUCCACCCGAAACCGGUCGUAGAGUCGCCGUUACCGAAAAGUCAGCGCAACAAGUCACGGGCAUUACCUAGAAAAGAACGGUGGACAUUGGAUAUGGACAACCACCUUUGGAACACCUAUCAACUUUACCUCCAGAACCCGACAAUUACCCCGUUUAAGAUGACACCGGGGAGCAUCCCGCCACUUGGGGUGACCCACCGAGUCGCGCGAGACGCGAAGAGAACUUGGGAAAAGAGGCCUCUCCUCUUCAGCAAGGACAUCCUGUCGACGUCGCAACAAAGCCGUAGCGGUGACUCCACACCGACUCAAAAGACGGACCCGCCAAAGCCCCUCUGGCCUAAGUCGGAAGCCUCAACUAGACGGAGAUUGAAAUUCCUAUGCAAGAGGAAAUUCUCUAUCGCCCCUCAUUAUCAAAGGAUGAUGCAGUCCAAGAGCCCGACACCCGCGCUCGACUUGUUCUCGCAACCUUCGGGCGAGUCUUCGCACAUGGAGGCCCCGGAAAGUAGCUCGGCGGCCUACGCAACCCGCGACUUGGGCGUUUCGCUCGUUUCCAGCUCAGUUCCAGGGCCUCUCGCCCAACUUGCCUCGGAGACGGUCUCCCCUCAACAGACAAAUAACGAGUGGUUCAACAACCCCGUCUCCCACGAGCCCCCUCGCGCGACAGAUCCUUUUGCAAACAAACCCUUCAGUUUCGACGAACGGGAUGUGGCGCCUCCUCGUCUUGGAUCGCCGUUCACCUACCAUACGUGGGGUCCUCACAAUUCGAAAAAGCGAGCUAAUCGCCACACUCCCCGGGUUAGACGUGAAACAAUUCAUGUUACCGGUUCACGACUGCAAUCCCCGCCUCGCAUGGAUGUAUUCUCCGGUAUCACAAGCCGCCAGGCUAAUGGUGCUGAGUCGCCUCAGGAGCAAGACACUCGGCGUCACCUCGAAGAAUUGUUUCGCCAGGGUAAGCUGAGCGAUGUAGGCCAGCGUCGCGUGCGGAUCAGGAACCGUGGUGCCACAACCAGCUCUGUCAACCCCAAGGGCCUUGACCAACUAUUCUCUCCCCCGUCAUCUUCAUCGAGAAACGAGGAAACAUACGACAUGGUGAAGCCCGUUGCCGACCCGCUGCGGAACCUGAGCGGGGAAAGUAUAAAACGACUCGGCUCGCCUUUCAAAGUGGAGACCUUCAAACGCUCCGGACCGGUUGCUAGAUUCGUCAGACAUGCGCCUUCACGCUCGGAGCCAUUCUCCCGUGAAUUGCUAUCGCAAAUUCGACCGACAACUCCAGAUGCUCAACUCAUGCCCCAAGGAUUGCCCAAUGCACUCCCGCAUGAUCCCACCGAAAAAGGCAUAUCUGAUGCAGAACGGAUCCGGAGACAAAUAUUGAACAUGUCUCACUCGAGACAAUAG